AUGCCGAAGUAUGCUAAGUUCUUAAAUGAUCUCCUGAAAGGGAAGAAUAAACUAGAGGAGCUUUCGAAUGUCAUUUUGAAUGCCAAAUGUUCUGCUGUUGUGAUGAACAAGCUACCGGAAAAACUCAUUGAUCCGGGUAUCUUCACGAUCCCAUGUUUGUUCGGUGGUGACAUUCAAAACCAUGCGUUAGUCGACCUAGGUGCUAGUAUUAAUCUGAUGCCAUAUUCAUUUUACGAAAAACUAGGCCUCGGUGAUCUCAAACCAACUCGCAUGACCCUAGACAUGGAAGCAGGCGAGAAUAUGCCCCUAAUUCUAGGACGUCCAUUUUUGUGCACCGCUAAGGCCCUCAUAGAUGUUUUCUUAGGCACUAUUACACUUAGAGUUGGGGAGGAAAUGAUAAUCUUUAAGGUUAAUAAGGCGAGAGGUUCAGGUGCUCGGGUAGAAGCGGUAGCAUCAGUUAAGGAGAGUGAGAGGGAUGAGAGAGAAGAGAAAUGA